AUGGCGGUCCGCUCUAGAAAUAGGGGCCGAGCGUUACUUCCUUUUGGUUUGGAAUACAAGGACAUUUUAACCUCUAGUACAGGUGACGAACAGCCUCAGAUAGAGUUGCCGCUUAAUGGACCAUUAAGCGAGAGAGAAGCAUAUGCAGCGCAAAAGCUGAUUACAUUUCUGAAAGAGAUAUCAGAAGGACCGUUCCACGUGUGGACAGGUCGAGACUUGGAAGACAGUGUGACAGCAUCAGAUCACGUACAGAGAUACUCCGAUAGAUACAAUAAAGUUAAAAAGUCUGGAGGUAAAAUGGAAGAUAGAAAAUUUGAAUUGGAAUAUUUUCCCGAUGAGUUGCAUUCGGUUAUGGGUACCACGAAAAAAAGACGGAAAGAUACAAAAAGGGAAAAAGAUACAACCAAACUAUCAUCUAAUGAUAAAGUCACUAUGUUGGAUGGCUCAGUCACUAUUAAUGGUAAGGACACUCUAGAGAAAUUAAGUGAUAUAGCUGGCGAGCUAGAUGCUGAUGUAGAUCAUAGUAAAGAAGAUGAGGACGAUGGCGACGAAGAGGAGGUCGAUGAGGAACAGGAUGAUGAGUUUGACGAGGACGACGAUGAUGACUACAACGCUGAAAAGUACUUUGAUGAUGGGGAUGAUGAUGUCGGCGAUGACGGGGACGACGAAGCUGCAUUUUGA